CACCCUCUAGCAGUUAGCCAGUUGACUACAAGUUUCAAGUAGUUUGAGUUAGCUUGGUACCUCCACUUCAUGUCGGCGUAUAACUAAUGAACAGCUAUCCGUAUAUGAGUCGGAAUUAAUCAUCAAAACGCCAUAAAGUAGAUCUCGUGAGGGCCUUACAUCCGAGGAUUUAUCGCGAUGGAGGAUCAAGGCAACAAUAUAGACGUGACAGUGAAAACUCUGGAUUCUCAGAGUAGAGGUUACUCUGUUAGGGCACAGUCGACAGUGAAAGAGUUCAAGGAGCAUAUAUCUGCUUCUGUUGGAAUCCCUGUUGAUAAACAGAGGCUAAUCUACCAGGGACGGGUCCUCCAGGACGAGAAGAAGCUGUCUGAGUACAAUGUGGAUGGCAAGGUUAUACAUUUGGUGGAGCGUGCACCUCCCCAGACCACUCAGCAAGGUUCUGGCCAAGGGGGUGUCGCCGGCUCUUCAGGGGGAACCCAGGGGUCCAACCAGAACCCAAACUCCUCCACUACGUCUCAGGGAACUCCUCAUGGACCGCUUCAUGAUCGAAAUGCCAAUAACUAUGUGAUGCUGGGUACAUUCAACCUGCCAGUCAACAUCAUGGAUCCCCAGCAGAUUCAGAUGUCAAUCCAGCAGAUGAUGGCAGGCUUUGGAGAGGGUGUAAGGAAUGCACGGGUCAGCACAAGUACAGGGACCAAUGGCUCAGUGAACGUUCACAUAGACUUGGAGCAGUCUAUACAGAGUGAACCCAGACUUCGUCUGCUGCUGGCCGAGAACUUGCUUAGGGACACUACUGCUCUUAUCCAGAGGUUAGAGGGUCAACGUUCUGAUGGCACCUCCACCCAGGAGGACCCUGUACCACCUGCGCCUUCGUCUUCAACGUCGACCUCCACUCCCUCCCCAUCCUCGCAGCCUAUGGACACCUCCCCUCCUCCACCCACCACACCCCCAUCUACCUCCAGUCAGUCUACUCAGAGUGACGGAACACCACAUCCUCCUGCUGGACCCAGUCACCCCAGUCCGGCCGAGCUGGUAGAGAUGUUGUCAGAGCUGAGGAGGGUGGAGGAGAGGUUGCAGCCGUUCAUCCAAAGAGCCCAUACCAUCCUAGAGGCAGCCACUACUGCGGACUACAAUAACAAUAUGCAAGAGAUGGAGGAGGACCAGCGUGUGCUCAACCUGGUUGGGGAAGCCCUGCGUCUUCUGGGCAACGCCCUUGUUGCCCUGAGUGACCUGCGAUGUAAUCUUUUGAAUGCUCCUCCACGCCACCUCCAUGUUAUCCGGCCCAUCUCUCAUUACACCUCCCCUUUCGUGACACCAGGUGGCAUCCAUCACACUCCCAUUCAGAUGAAUUUGGGGGCCAGUGUUACCAUGGCAAGAAAUGGCAGACCUACAACAGAGAGUCAGCCCCAGCCAGCUAGCCAGUCAGAGCAACAAAGACAAGGCCAUGCCCCACCUCCACAGCCAAACGCAGCCAAUCAGCAGACUGGACAAGGUCAGCCUGGGCCUCGAGUGAUCCGUAUCAGCCAUCAGACCAUGGAGCCAGUGGUGAUGAUGCAGAUGAAUAUCGAUGAUUCUGGAAAUACUACGCAAAACUCAGCACCACCGGGCACUACUGGCACAGGGCAACCUGGCAGCACUGCCUCUGUUCAGAUCCCAGGUCUACCCCAGGAGUUUAUGCAGGCCAUUGUUCACCAGGUCACACAGCAGGCCAUGGGCAUGGCUAAUGCUGCAACUACAGGCCAGCAGGGCCAUCAGACUGCGCAAGGAGCCAACACGGGCACCACCACUCCCACUGCCCCUCCCAUGCCUCCUCAUGCUCCACAGGCCAGGGUGGUCUUCUCUCACCCCCCCUUCACCAAUAUAGCGGCCAGCCCCACUUUCAGCCCCAGGAGCACUACAAUCAACCUGAGGGCAACAGUUCCCCCCAUGAUGGGGCAACAGGCAGGCCAGGCCACGUCAGUUCCUCCCACAGCUUUCAGUCAGAUGAUUGGCGGGUUGGUGGGACAAGUCCUGUCAGGGGCCCAGGGGCACGCUGCUCAAACUACGACAUCAACCUCUUCUCACACAUUCACCUCCUCCUCCUCCUCAUCUUCAUCAUCCUCUUCCUCCUCUUCUACCUUUACGCCAUCCGGCUCUACCAACAGUGCCUCUGACGGUGGCACUGGUGCCAGCCCACAGUCUGGCACCGCCCCCUCCCCACCUCAGGGACCUCCCCUCGGGGCCAGCCUGAACCAGCUGCUGGGGAGUCUACUGGGGGGAGGGGUGAGCGUGGGCGGCCCCGUCCCUGGAGCAGCCCCCACGAUCACUGUAACAAUGCCGGGAGUCCCUGCCUUCAUCCAGGGCGUCACCGACUUCAUGCAGGCCUCACAGCCACUUUUCCAGUCUCCUUCUGGUCAGACACCUCCACCUUCCUCCACCAGUGCCACCCCAACACCUCCUCCAGCUGCUGCUCCCAGUGCGGUGCCUGGCUCGGGUGCGGCGCCUGGCUCGGGUGCAGCAUCGGGCGAGGAGACUCUGAAUCCAGAGCUCUUUACAGGGAUAGUGCAGGGAGUUCUCUCCACCAUGAUGGGAUCCCUCGGCACCCCCCAAAACAGCACAGAGAGCAUCGCCCAGUUCAUACAGAGACUGUCCCAGACCAGCAACAUCUUCACACCCGGCACUGGAGAGGCCAUGGGCUUUUUCGGGGAACUGCUGACUCUGGUUUGUCAGAACUUCUCCAUGGUGGAUAUGGUUCUGCUGCUUCACGGCCAACACCAGCCUUUGGGCCGAAUCCAGCCCCAGUUGGCCCAGUUCUUCACUGAGCACUUCCUCCAUGGGAGAGAGCUCACUGAGGCGAACAUCGCUGCAGCUGCAGAUGAACUCAUUGGGGAGUUAGAAGAAUACAUAACAGAGAGCUUUUCCACUGUGACCGUCUUGGAGGGGGUUGAUAUCACCCAGACGAAUCGAUUGUUUCUGCGUCAGCAGCUGUGUGCCAUUGCCUCACACAUACUGCACUGCACAGACAACACCUUCGGACCACACCUGCUCCAGCUGUGUAAUCGAGCCCUGUUUGAGUGUCUUGCCUUAAACCUGUACUGCCUGGGGGGAGAACAGCGUGCACUCAUCGCAGUUAUCAACAACCGUAUAAGGAGUAUGUCUGCUGAGGUAAAUCCCAGUCUAGUGAACUGGUUGACCAGUAUGAUGACAAUGAGACUCCAUGUGAUCCUGGAGCACAUCCCAGUGACAGAGGAACAGAUCCAGCAUUACGUCGUCCGCACACAGAGAGAGGAGCCGGCCCCUGCCUUACAAGAUCCAGAACCCCAGAAUGUGGAGAUGGAUGACACUCUCUCGCCGACUCCGGCCACCACUGCAGAGGAGGUUUUGGCCCUGUCACAGGAGCAGGGUGCUGUCAGCAUGUCACUGAGAGAUGGUGAGGCAGUCAGCGGAGAGGAGUCUGGGAGAGACCCUGAGGCUUGGGCAGCUGCUCUACCUCCUGAGUGGGUACCCAUCAUCAGACAGGAUCUGCUCACUCAGAGGAAAAUGAAGGCCCAGCCUCCUCUGUCCGAUGCCUACCUGAAUGGGAUGCCAGCCAAACGAAGGAAGACAACACAGGUAGACGGGCUGCGCCUCUCCCUCUCUGAGGCAGUGAGCCAAGCGUCUAAAGCAGCAGGAGUGAUGCCUGUCAGUGCACCUGAAGCCCUGCAGAGGGAGCUGGAGAGGCCAGAGCUGCAGGAGGCAUACGACGAGCAGCUGAAAAACGACAUUAAGAAACGGGUUAAGGAUGAUCCAGACUUCAACUCUCAAAGGUUUCCCAAAACUGACCGCGUCUUCUCUCCGGAUUCAUAACUUCAGUUUCUCUCUCUCUCUCUCUCUCUCUGUGUGUGUGUGUGUAUGGAGACAUCCUCCCUCUCUACAUCUGCAUUCUGUCUAAGCAUUUAAUGCCUAUGCUUUUACCAGCUCUGGGUCUAGCUCUGAGCUCUGGUCCUUGCGGGCUUUGAAGAGGAUGCUCUGCUGUGCCUGCCCAAUUUUUCUCUUCUUUUCUUGUGUAACUGUCAUCUGUCAAGACGUUUUCUUACUGCUGCAGAUCUUUUGCUACAAGCGCUGUGGUGAUCAUUGACAAUGUCAAUUGUGACUUGAAUAUAUUUGGCCAGCAUUAAUAUGCCAUUACUGAUAAAAAAAAAUGCUCUUUACUUUCAGUUUUUCCCAUGUCAGUUAUACUAGAGCAAAAGCAGGGCUUCAUGUAGAGGUGUGACACACAUUUUUAGCAAAGCAGUCAAAAAGACUUCAAAAAUCCAUUUGUGACCUGACUGCUGGUCAAAGCUGUUGGAAGCUGAUCAGUGCUAGAGCAUGUACAAAGGUGACAUUUCACUUGAACAUUUAACUAAACCACUGGUCUUUAAUUGGGUCAUCUGGCUAAUCUGGUAGCGUGGUUUAGUCCAGACAGGCCAGCUGAACCUGCUGACACAAAGAGGCAGAGUCAUAGCUGUAAUGGAACAUGGUUUCUGCCAUCUUCUCAAAGGCCUCGGUUUAUGUUUGCAUUGCUCCAUGUAUUA